GCAAACAUGGAUGGAAGACCCACCUGUGACCAGUGUGGAAAGACUUUCACCACAGCAAGUCACCUAAAAAAACACCAACGCAUCCACACUGGAGAAAAACCAUAUGAAUGUGACCAGUGUGGAAAGGGUUUCACCAGAGCACAUAGCCUGAAAUUGCACCAACGCAUCCACACUGGAGAAAAACUGUAUCACUGUGACCAGUGUGGAAAGACUUUCACCACAGCAACUUACCUAAAAAAACACCAACACAUCCACACUGGAGAUAAACCAUAUGAAUGUGACCAGUGUGGAAAGGCUUUCACCAGAGCAGAUAGCCUAAAAGUCCACCAACGUAUCCACACUGGAGAAAGACCGCAUGAAUGUGACCAGUGUGGAAAUGCUUUCAACUCAGCAAGUGCCCUAAAACAACACCAACGCAUCCACACUGGAGAAAGACCGUAUGAGUGUGACCAGUGUGGAAAGGCUUUCAUCAGAGCAGGUAACCUACAAGUCCACCAACGCAUCCACACUGGAGAAAGACCACAUAAAUGUGGCCAGUGUGGAAAUGCUUUCAUCACAGCAAGUUACCUAAAAAUCCACCAACGCAUCCACACUGGAGUACGACCAUAUUACUGUGAGCAGUGUGGAAAUGCUUUCUUCACAGCAAAGUACCUAAAAAUCCACCAACGUAGCCACACUGGAGAAAGACCAUAUGAGUGUGACCAGUGUGGAAAGGCUUUCAUCGCAACAAGUUACCUAAAAAUCCACCAACGCAUCCACACUGGAGAAAGACCAUAUAACUGUGACCAGUGUGGAAGUUUUUUCACCCAAGCUAAUCACCUAAAAAUCCACCAACGGGCCCACACUAGAGAGAGACCCUACCAGUGCAGAUUCUUUGACAGAUCUUUUAUCACAGGUUCAAAAUGUACUAAACAUGAACACGUCAAACAUUUCCACAAAAGACAAAAACUGAACAGUCGUACAAAAAGUAAGACAUUGGACUCCAGUGGAAAGAGUCAGUGUCAUAACACACCUAAACAGUUUGAAUGUUUCCAAUGUGAUGAAAGAUUCUCAUCAUCCUCUGCUAUCAUCAGCACAGAUGUGAAUCAUCAACGUCUGGACCAAAAGGUCCCUCAGCAUCAGAUGACAAGAAGAAACACAGUGUGUGUGAACCAGCAGCACCCCACUUCUGACAAGAACAUCAGACUUAAAAACCUCCAGAUCAGACUUCACAGAAUCCAGAUGUGAAGACAAACAUCAGACUGAAGGCUGUGUUUUGUUUUCCUCAGAGUACAGAAGUGUGUUCUAAUGCACCACCUUCACAAAACAGUGACGUUACUGAACCUCAAUCCGCCACGAGGUGAAAAGUUCAACUAGUGGAGGACAACAAGGACCUGGGGCCUCAUGUACAAAGGUUGCGUAUGCACAAAAACGUGGCAUACGCUCUUUUCCACACUCAAGUUCAGAUGUACAAAGAGUGAAAUGACCGUGGAAAUGUGCAGUGCUUCACACCAACUUCAUAGUGUGUGUAUGCAUGCUUCUAGUGCUUUAGAACCAUUGGUAACACUUAGUGGUGACACUGGGAAACUGUUAAUAAUGUGAAAGAGGUCAUUCCUCUGAUCCAUGUGCACAUCAGAGAUACACAGAUGAACAAUGAACACACCAGCACAUCAUCCCACUGCCAGAGCAGCACAUCCCCCACCAGAACCAGACCCUUGACCCUUUAAUGACAAUCCUGCCAUCCGAAUAGGAUGUGAUGUCAAUCACAUAAAGAGACAGGGACACAGAAUUCACUUGUUGUUAAAUGCAUUUAAUGUAUUAUUAAUGUCUGUGGAACAUUUAGAAGUCGGUCCAGGUGAUCUUAUGCCACCGAGCUGGGCCAGAGCUGGACCGUUUCUGUAGAAGUUCCGUUUCAUGGAGCAGUAUCUGUUUGGGUCCGAUGGGCGUUUGGACACCAGGACGGAUCUGCCAUGCUGUUUCAGGCCAAGUCGUCAGCGAUUCUGUUCCAGAUCCGUCCCAGUAUCUCUUUGCUAUCUGGGUCAUGAUGUCUUCUUGUGACUCGCAUGAGCACAGGUGAGGACACGGCUGAGGACGGACAUCAGCAGCUGGCUGUUGGACCCACGGUCUGUGACAGGAGGCUGGGAGUGCGUCUCACCUUCUUCUGUUUCAUUGUCUUUUGGGAAAUAAUAAAUUGAGUAAUUAAACAUGAGUCACAGUCUUUGAUUUCCUCUUUGACAUCCUGACAUGAUUACGCAUGAACCUUUAUGUUGUUUGGCUGUGAUCAGAUUAUUGUAUGACCUGUGGAAUGAACAGAUGUGUGAGUUACACAAAUACUAAAUAUAUAUUUACCUUGGGGGUGGUCCAAGUCAGCCCUGUGAGACCAGUGUCACUCACAAUAGCGUCGACUCUCAUCUCAAACGGACUGAGUUCGUCUCUUUUCUCCUUCCGCCUGUUAUGGCCUCCGCUUCGCAUCCAUCUUGACGUCAUCAUCUGAUCAUGCAGAGAGGGGAAUCCCAGAGGGAAUCCCACCUGCAGGCCCAGUUUAUACUAAUUUGCAUAUUUAAAUGUGGGUGUGGAGAGGGAGGAGUCAGGUACCCCAACAUAUGCGCUCCAUUCCACGCUGAUUGGGAUGUAUAAAGGAAGUGUGCUUGGAGUCGGGCGUACGCUCAGUUUUAUUCAUCUGGAUUUUUUUUGUGCGUACGGACUUAUCUGGAUUUAAGCGUCUGCCAGGUUUCAGUAUGAAAUCCACACAAGUCUUUAUACAUGAGGCCCCUAGUUUCUAUGCAGAUACUACCUCUCAUUGAGUUUGUGGACAUUGAAUCAGUCAGAGGUCGCGUUCACCAAAAAUAUUCUGUCAUUGACAGAUAUUUUUUUUAAAGAUGACAGAAAAUUCUGAAGGCUGUCGGUCAUUUUGACAGAUUAAAAUACUGAGGGUAAUCUACCAAAGAAAGA